GGGGAGCCAAGCCAGAGCUCCGGCCAGGCGCCGCCCCAGCCCUUCGCCGUGCGGCAGGACGUCCGGGGCUUUGCGCCCGAGGAGCUGAGGCUGAAGCUGGUGGGCAGGAAGCUGCUGCUGACGGGCAGGAAGGAGACGCAGCGCGAGGACGGCCAAGGCGCCUUCUCCUACAAGUACGAGGUGCUCAGGAGGGAGUGGGACGUGCCCGAGGGCGUGGACACCGACCGCCUGGCCUGCUCCAUCUCCGGGGAGGGGCAGCUGCGCAUCGAAGCCCCGGGCCUGCCCCCAGCAGCCGCCCCCGAGAGGAACGUGCCCGUCCAGGUCAGCCCUGCAGGGAGCUCGGCGGCCUCGGCUGAGCCGGGCUCAGAGGACAGGGCCAAUAACCGAGCCCGGGGGUAACCGGCUGAGUUGAUGGCAGCAACCCUGGCAGAGAAGGGAGGGCAGAAUCCAGAGACCAGGGC